GUCUUUUUCCCGGGCGGCAGCUAGAGCCGAUGGCGGAUAAGUUUUGGACCUGAGAGGCCCCCGUUGUGGGGCGUGGCAACGCAGCCGAGAUCCUACAGGCCCAGUUCACGUGCAGGCGGCGGCGGAUCAUAGUCCUCCAUCUACCAUGGCUCUGCCGGGAACUCUGAACCUCAAUAACGAGGUUGUGAAGAUGAGAAAAGAAGUGAAGAGAAUUCGAGUUUUGGUUAUCCGAAAACUUGUCAGGAGUGUUGGCAGACUGAAGUCAAAAAAGGGUACUGAAGAUGCACUGUUAAAAAACCAAAGACGGGCACAACGAUUGCUUGAAGAAAUCCAUGCCAUGAAGGAAUUGAAACCUGAUAUAGUAACUAAAUCUGCUCUUGGUGAUGAUAUCAACUUUGAAGAAAUCUGCAAAAAGCCAGAUUCUACUGCAACUGAAAGAGCAAUUGCCAGACUAGCAGUACAUCCUCUUCUGAAGAAAAAGAUAGAUGUCCUAAAAGCUGCUGUUCAAGCCUUUAAGGAUGCAAGACAAAAUGUUGCUGAAGUUGAGUCAUCAAAGAAUGCUUCAGAGGACAAUCAUUCUAAGAAUACUUUGUAUUCAAAUGAUAAUGGAAAUAAUUCACAGCAUGAAGGAACUGUUAGUGAGCAAAAAGUGAAAGAAAACAAAAUACUGGCAAAGAAACCAACACAUAAUUCAAAAGAAAAAAUAACCAAGGUAGAACAUGGAGGUAAAGCUGUGACUAUUCUAAAUUCUCCAUCAAAGCCUUCAGAAAAGGAUUCUGUAGUUUCCCGAGAGUCCCAGAAGACACCUGCUGACCCAAAACUGAAAAAACUAAGUCAAACCAAAAAAACCAAAGAAUCUGAUAGCUCACUCUAUGGUAACAGUGAUGGCGUAGAAGAAUCAUGUGAAGAGGAGAAGGAGUAUUUUGAUGAUAGCACAGAAGAAAGAUUUUACAAACAGUCUUCCAUGUCUGAAGAUAGUGAUAGUGGUGACGACUUUUUCAUUGGGAAAGUCAGACGGACACGAAAGAAGGAAAGUAGUUGUCAUUCGUCAGUUAAGGAACAAAAAUCACUCGAAAAAGUAUUACUUAAAGAAGAUACAGGUGAAACUCAUGGGGAUACAAGAAAUGACACAACCAAGCCAGAUACGGAAACCAGAAAGUUAGAAUCAGUGUUUUUCCACUCUUUAUCUGGAUCUAAAAGCUCUAGAAUAAACUACAAAGAACAGGCUCCAAAAACCAGAUCCAUAGAUUUUCCACAGACUGAACCUCAGAUCAAGAAUCAUUUUAAUAAGAAACUACAAAGAAAACUUGAAAAUACGAAACAGCAAUUGCCACUGCCUCUUCAUCCUUCAUGGGAAGCAAGCAGAAGGCGAAAAGAACAGCAGUCUAACAUUGCUGUGUUUCAGGGGAAGAAAAUUACAUUUGAUGAUGAUUAGUGCCUCUUUGAAGUUUUCCAUCUAAAAAGAAAAAAAAAAAAAAUUUAAGAUAGGGUUUCACUCUG